AGAAUCGAUCGUUCGAUCAGAUGGCAGGCUGCAACGGCAACUCAUCCGCCUCGCCCAUGGAACAACAGACGGUCACUGAGAGCAAGUUCGGAGGAAUUGCACCUAAGAAGCCUCUGAUUUCAAAGGACCAUGAGCGCGCCUAUUUCGACUCCGCAGACUGGGUCCUGGGCAAGCAAGCUGCAAGCAACAGUGCACAGGCCACAGCAAUCGAGUCCUUGAAGCCAAAGCUAAAGAGGACGCCCCAUCACCAGCUUCCCCCUCGCAAGCCGGCCUGCACGUCCAGCUGAUCGAGCGAAAUGUGACAAGGUUGUGGGCUGUGGCAUCACCAGAGUAGCCGAAGCAGUCAGGGAAAUGGAAGAAGCUGGCCUUGAUUUGUGGUUUAGUUUGUUGCGUAUGUUAUGGAGCGCUAGAUUCAGGGUUGAAAAUCUGCAGUUGGACUCUUGGUUCUUGCAGCUUGAGACUGUCAGAAUAGGCUAGAAACAUACAUUUGUUAUGGCUUCGGCAGUUUGGCUUCAGAUGUUGUUUGGUUUCAAAUAUUUUUCUGUC